GUGUAGUCAGCAGUGUUAUUGCAAUCUUCCUUCUUGUUCAUCCCAGGGUUGGCCGACUACACGCGUGAAAAGGCUUUUUCCCCAACAUGGAAACAUUCUGCUGUAGGUCUAUUCUGCUUGCAUUCGAGAGACACUCGUUUUGGGAUUAGGAUUUGGUAGAGCGAGAGAGAUGGCUUCGCGAUCCAGCCACUGGAAUCGUCAGCAGCAGAGGUAGAGUGUCUCUUGCACUCGCCCAGCGGUCGAUUUUGCUGUCUGUUGCACGAUGAGCGUAGCUCUGCAAGAUUUGCGGAACAACAUGUCCAGCUACAAGCGUGCAACAUUUGAGGAGGAGGCGACAGACAACCCAGCUGAUGGGAGCAUGUCUCCGGACAGUGUGGAGGUUGGCUUUCGGAAGGGCGGCAUCCAGCUCCUCGGUCCCAUGGGCAGGAGGACUCAAAUGGAGGUAGUGCUGGCUGGUGUGCUGCUCUGCUCUCUCCUCGCCCUGUUCGGAUGUGCUGUCACGCUGGGCAUGCGCUACAACACAGACCCAGCGCGAAGCCUGUGUCUGACUGAGGCCUGUAUUACGGUGGCCAGUAAGAUCGUAGAGGCCCUGGACCGCAGCGCUGACCCCUGCCAUGACUUCUACCAGUACGCCUGCGGGGGCUGGGUACGCAAGAACCCCCUCCCUGAUGGACGCUCUCGCUGGAGCACCUUCAACAGCAUCUGGGACCAGAACCAGGCUCUCCUCAAACACCUGCUGGAGAAUGGCACAUUCAACUCCAGCAGCGACGCCGAGAAGAAGACCCAGUUCUACUACCUGUCCUGCCUCAACGAGCAGCACAUCGAGGAGCUGGGAGCCAUGCCUCUCAUUGACCUCAUUGCAAAGACAGGGGGCUGGAACAUAACGGGGCCCUGGGAGAAGGACAACUUUAUGGAGGUGCUGAAGACAGUGUCGGGCCCCUACCGUGCCCAGCCCUUCUUCACCAUCGGAGUCAGCGUGGACCCCAAGAACUCCAACAGUAACGUCAUCCAGGUGGACCAAUCAGGGCUGUUCCUCCCCUCGCGGGACUAUUACCUCAACAAGACAGCCAAUGAAAAGGUGUUGAAGGCGUAUCUGGACUACAUGGUGGAGCUGAGCCUGCUGUUGGGGGGGGAUAAGAACUCCACACAACGCCAGAUGCAGCAGAUCCUGGACUUUGAAACAGCGCUCGCCAACAUCACAGUACCGCAGGACGAACGUCGAGAUGAGGAGAAGAUCUACCACAAGAUCACCAUCGCCGAGCUGCAGCUGCUGGCUCCAGCGGUGGACUGGCUGGACUACCUGUCCUCGGCCCUGUCCCCUCUGGACCUGAACGAUACAGAGCCAGUGGUGCUAUAUGCCAAGGAGUACUUGCAACAGGUGUCUGACCUGAUCAACAAGACCGAGCGCAGCCUGCUUAACAACUACAUGAUCUGGAACCUGGUGCAGAAGGGUGCGUCCAGUCUGGACCAGCGCUUUGAGAACGCCCAGGACAAGCUGCUAGAGAGCCUGUAUGGAACCAAGAAGUCCUGCACACCUCGAUGGCAGACCUGCAUUGGGAACACAGAUGACACGCUCGGCUUUGCUCUGGGUGCACUCUUUGUCAAAGCAACGUUUGAUAAACACAGCAAAGAGAUUGCAGAGGGUAUGAUCAAUGAGAUCCGUACUGCUUUCAAAUAUGCUCUUGAUCACCUCAAGUGGAUGGACAAACAAACGCGUCAGGCAGCCAAGGACAAGGCGGACGCCAUCUAUGACAUGAUUGGAUUUCCUGACUUCAUCCUGGACCCCAAAGAACUGGAUGAUGUUUAUGAUGGGUAUGAUGUCUCAGAAGACAACUUCUUCCAGAACGCACUCAACUUCUACAACUUCUCCGCCAAGGUGAUGGCCGAUCAGCUCCGCAAGCCGCCCAACAGAGACCAAUGGAGUAUGACCCCUCCCACAGUCAAUGCCUAUUACAUGCCCACCAAGAAUGGCAUUGUCUUUCCAGCUGGAAUCCUCCAGGCACCCUUUUAUGCCCAGGAUCACCCCAAAGCACUGAACUUCGGGGGGAUCGGAGUAGUGAUGGGACACGAGCUCACUCAUGCCUUUGAUGACCAGGGCAGGGAAUACGACAAAGAAGGGAACCUUCGGCCCUGGUGGCAAAAUUCCUCUGUGGAAUCAUUUAAAAACCGCACAGAAUGCAUGGUGGAGCAGUACAAUGGGUUUACCAUCAAUGGGGAGCAUAUAAAUGGCAAGCAGACGCUGGGAGAGAACAUUGCUGACAACGGAGGCCUAAAGGCAGCUUAUAAUGCGUACCAGGCAUGGGUGCAGGAGAACGGUGAGGAGAAGAGGCUGCCAGCGGUCAACCUGACCAAUGACCAACUAUUCUUUGUGGGAUUUGCACAGGUGUGGUGUUCCGUGCGAACCCCUGAGAGUGCCCACGAAGGACUCAUGACGGACCCCCACAGCCCCCCAAAAUACCGCGUCAUCGGCACCCUCUCCAACUCGCCAGACUUUGCUGAGCACUUCCAGUGCCCCACUGGCUCCCCUAUGAACUCAGGUCACCGCUGUGUGGUGUGGUAGGGCCUGUGAGAACCAGUGGGGGGUGCUGUCUGUGGAAGCUAAAUGGAGAAACAAGAGGAGGAGAAGAACCUCUAACUAAUCAUCAGAUUUUUUUUCUUCUAAUUCUCUUUUGUUUGUACAUGAUACUGGAUCACUAGUGGUUUGUGGGUAGAGCAGGACCAACUCCAGGUGAGGGAGAGAAAUGUUGUCAUCGGCUGAUGUGUGUGUAUUUCCAGUGUUAUGGUAUUUUUCCUAUUUCUCCACCCCUGCACCCCACUCACCGGUGGGGCACAAAGGCACAUUUUAUUUAUUGUUUUCUAGACUUGGUAGGGGGCCGGGGAGGAGGAGCCACUAGGGGCUGUCUAUCCCCUCACCUUUCUCUAUGCUUCUGUGUCGUCACUGUCCUUGCUGUAUGCCCUGUUUACAAUUUAAACCAGAGCCCUCUAUUGACUUAGGGCUCUCACUGAAGGCACUAUGACAUCACACGAUGGGUUCAGCUGCCUUUGUGACCUUGCAGGAAGCGCAGAAAUUUGGCUGUGACAUCACAUGAUGGGUUCAUCUGCCUCUGACCUAACAGGAAGUACAUAAACUUCACAAUGAUUGAACAUUGUAUAUGGCUUCAUCUCAAAUGCCAUCCCUAUUCUCUAUAUUACUUACUUGCCUUGGCACAUCCACAAGAGAGCACCACUGCUUCUGGUCUGCAUGUCCUAUAUAGUAUACAUAUAGUACAAUGUGGCUCCGGUAAAUAGUACUGCCCUAUGAGGUGUCAUUUGUAUAGGGUGUCAUUUGAGAUGGAUCCAUUAAGACUCAGCUCUCUUUCUCUGUUGCUUCACAGGAAGUGCAUUGGCGUAUGUGGGUCCUCAAAGAUACCACUCAGCACCCUCAGUGACAUCACAAUGAAUUCACAGAAGGUGCUUCACUGUGACCUCAUAGCAGGUGUGGGGGAUCUUAAUACAACAAAAAUGGCCUCCUCUCCGAUGUACAAUGUUCUACUGCGCAAAAUCACUGAACAUGUAAAAGCAAUAUUGAAGCCUACUGAUAGGCAUUGCCACAAUAUCACUUAUAACUAUCCCAUUUCUUAAAGAUCGGUGGCGAGUAGAUUGAAUACAUAGGAAAGGGUACAUAGGAAAGCCACUUAACAAUGUUGAUCCAACCAUGAGAGGGGUGACGUUGCCCCUAGACGCUGAUCUUGGUUUAGUUUCCCCACUAAUGGUUAAGGUUAAGAUUGGGGGAGGGAAAGCUGAUCGUAGAUCUGUACUUAGGGGAAACAUCACCCUAAAGCAUCCAACCACAAGAUGGGCAAAAGUCCUUCUGGGACCUACAGACAGUGCUGGACUGGCUGUGACACCAGUAGUAAGGACACUCACCACUUGCUUAUCUGUGUUUUAGUUGUUGUUGCUGUUGUUGUUAUUGGCAUAUUCUGAAGUUGACAAAGUUGAAAUGAGAUUCUCAUUUUUAAAAUAGCUUUUUGCCAAAUAUGUUUUUUUGUUUGUUUUGUUCCUAGUGUCUAGUUGAUUCUUUGUUUCUCUGGGAGUGAUGUUCAGUCUGUGUGUGUGUAUGAACAGCCUUCAAAGCUUGAUGUUUACUGUGUUUAAGCUGUCAGCUUCAUUGCGAAAGGUGUAUGUGUGUAUGCACGUGGUUGUGUUGGUGUGUGUGUGCGUGAGCUUGUAUGUGUCUCUGUGUGUGGGUGCAUCUGUGCACAGUUGUGCACGUGUGCAGAAUUCUUUGAUACUUCAUCCCCACUUAAAUUGAACUAUCAACAAUGUCAAGUCAGCUGCAGUGAUUUCACCUCACAUUCCAAAAAAACACUAAUUUGAAAUGAAUGGAUAUGUUAAAGGAAGGGAUAUGUUUCUAAAGAACUCCUUGUUUGUACAUCCUCUACUCCAGAGUGUUACAGACUGUCUGUUCGUAAGUCAGGGUGGAUACAGGAUACCUUUGUUAAUCGGGUUACUGUUCGACUCUUGUUCAUUCAAGCUAUGUAACUGUUAUAUCUCUAGUUGCUCCUGUCGUCACUUUGCAAGGUUGUUUCACUACAAGACACUACAAUGCAACACUAGUCCUUCAAUGCAGAUGGAGCUUGUGCUAUCUAAUGUAAGACAAUGAGGUGAACCAAUUGGAAUCGGUUGAUAUUGUCUGCAAUCAGAAGCAUUCGUGUUAGGUGAACUGCCCUAGUAAGAGUGUCUCAGAAAAAUCUACCAUUCAAUUUCACAACAAUAAAGGACGCUAUGAUGCAUCCUUCCAGUUCAUUAUAACGGUCAUUCUCGUACAUUUUGUGAAAUCAAAUAUCUAACACAGAGAGUUGUCUAUUGUACACAACAUUUCUAUCUGAGCGUUGUAUCCUCAAAGCUCCAUGACGAGGUUCACACGGGCAGGGGUUAGAGGUCAGGGGGAAGUGCUUACAUGUAGCGGGUUGGUCAGGGUUAGCCUUGAAUAUUUACUUAAUGAAAUACAGAUCUAUAUUUAAAAAAUGUUUACUUGAACAUGUGUAAAAGCCUUUAAUUAGCCAGGUAAUGCCAUUAAGUGUUCUCUGGUCUGAUGUGCUGUGUACCCGUUUGUCACUCCACAAUUCUCUUAUUUCUUCAGCCAUCCAGUCAUACACUUUUCACACGAUUUACUCAAUAACUUCACUCAAUAACUUCACUUUAGUGACUUUUAUGGCCCAUGGUUGAGAUACAGCUGGCAGUAUCUUCUGUGGCAAGUGUAUCCCAACUAGCUGGUAUGGAAAGACUGACCAAUCUGUAGUACCACAUUCUGCUGAAAAAAAAACUAGAAAAAAUGAAACUGAAAUAAAGGAGUGUAUUCAGAACGUAUUCAGACCCACAUUUUGUUACAUUAAAGCCUUAUUCUAAAAUGUA